GUUCUACCAUUCAAUACAGGACAUUUUAGAAGAAACACCAUAUUUGGCAGCUAGAAAUUAAAAAAAUGUCAACCGAAAAAUAAUCAAUCAAUGUAGAUUAAUUCUAUAAUUGCAACAAAUGAGAUGACUGGAUUGAUUGAAGGAGGGAACAGUGGGCGGCAAGCCAUAGCAUAGAUGAUGAAGGAUUUGUCGCCCAGUAGGGGUACGUAAAUGCAAUCACUUCAUCGUGAGGAGCAUCGAAUUAACAUAAAACACAAGCCAUCUCAAUUUACAAUGGAUAUAUAAGUGAGAUCCCUGCGCGAUGUCACAUUAUUAGCGUAAGCCUUCAAUGUGAAGAAGAAACUGAAUUUGAAAAAGAAAAUGAGCUUCGUGCCAAGAAUCCCUGGGACUAAUGGACAGCCAAGAUCGUCGUUUCUGAUAGAUGACAUUUUAUUAAGCAAGCCUAAAUCUGUCAUACGUGAGGUGCCAGUUUCCGUUGGUGUACCCAGGUUGUCACUUACUGAUUAUGGCUACGCGUAUGUCCCGAAUCCAGCGUUUCUACAACAUCCUUCCAUCUUUGCGCCCCAUUUGGCGUCUAAAACUGCAGAGCAUUCCUUUCUGCUACCAGCAUCGGGUUUUCCCCUUCACCCGGUGUUUCCACACGACAGCCCGGGGAAACAUUGUAGAAGGCGCAAAGCGAGGACCGUGUUCAGCGACCAGCAGCUUAACGGACUGGAGAAAAGAUUCGAGUCUCAACGAUACUUGUCCACUCCAGAGAGAGUUGACCUCGCUAACCAACUGAGCCUAUCAGAGACACAGGUAAAGACAUGGUUCCAAAACAGACGUAUGAAGCACAAGAAGUUAAACAGGAAAGGGGCGGGUGGUGAUAGACCAGAAGCCGGGAUAGAUGACAAUGACGAUGAUGACUCUAAUGACGCUGCAGAGAUGGAAGAAAGACUAUCUGAAGGAGAGAGUGGGGAAAAUACCCCUAGAGACUAUUCAAUGACAGGAAGCCUAUGUGGAUACCCACAUACUCAAACACAAACAGCCACUAUAACUGCGCAUAGAUCUGGCUACCAUAGCAACCAGAGUUUCCAUAGUAAUUCAACUGUUGCCAUAGACAAUGAAGAAAUUAAUGUUGUCGACACUGAUGAUUCGCCAAUCGUUGGAGUAUCGUUGAGGGUUCCGAAAACCAUUUCGUGAAACAGACUUUUGAACACUGCAAUCAGAGACAUAAAACAGGCCAAGAACAUGUAUAGUUUGUGCAUUUUUCGCUUUUGCUUGAAUUAUUCAUCUUCCUGGUCUAUGCAUAUGAUAGACAUAAUAUUAAAGUAUAUUUGUAUUAAAAGCUCUUUAAUUUUCUUAAUUUGCCAAAAUCCAAUGAUAUGGCAGCUCUUUGAAAGUUUUAAAACUAUAUUAAAGCGAAAAAUACAUCUGAUUAGUAAAAGCAGAAGUCAAUCGGGUGUUUAGCAAUACAAAUAGAGAAAAUAUUUGGACAUACUACUCAGGGUGUGAAAUAGAAUACAUUUGUAAAAUUAUUUGAUUAUAGGUCAUAGUUCAUUAUAGUUGCUCAUAAACAUGGAAUGUUGGUCACUUAGAUGAAAGUGUAUAUGUUUUAUCAAUUGUCAAAUAU